AUGGCAGAAGAAGAAGUUGUCGUAACGACCACCGGAGAAAAUGGAAAUUUACAAUUACCAUCAAGAGAGCCAAUUCAAACAAUACUACACUUAGACUCACCCAUAAAUUACGACUCACACCAAAUAAACUCAAGUAAUAUAAAUUCAGUACAAAGUUCAUAUGAUAAAUCAACUUCAAACUAUUUACUUCAAUCGAAGCAUAAUAUUCUAUCAAUAAAGUUUAAUGAUAAGACUUCAAUUGCUCAAAAAUCAAUUGAAAAUGGGUAUGAAAAUAUAAAGACAACUUUUAAUCAUAUAAAAAAUACUGUAGGAACAUAUCAAACGGAAUAUAAUAUUGAUUGGGAAUUCUGGACUUUAGUUGUGGAUAACUACGAUUUUAUAGUGAAUAACAAAUCAGAACAGCUUAAUAAUUUAAUAAACCAGGGAAUACCCAAAGAAAUAAGAGGUAUAAUAUGGCAAAUAGUUACAAAAUCAAAAGAUUCAAAUUUAGAAGAUUUUUAUAGAUCAUUGAAAUUAGAAACUUCAAUACAUGAAAAAGCUAUUAAACGAGACCUAACAAGAACAAGUUUUUUCACAAAUUUAGAGAGUGCAGAUAAAGCAAAUGAAUUAUUUAAUGUUAUAAAAGCUUAUUCUUUAUAUGAUCCUGAUGUUGGGUAUACUCAAGGUAUGAUUUUUAUUGCAGUUCCAUUGAUAAUGAAUAUGGAUGAAAGUGAAUGUUUUUGUUUAUUGGUGAUGUUAAUGAAAGAAUAUCAAUUAAGAGAUUUAUUUUGUCCCGAAAUGAAAGGAUUACAUUUAUUACUUUAUGAAUUUGAUUGUUUAUUGGCAAAAUAUUCUCCAACAUUAUAUAAUCACUUAGUAAGACUGGGGAUUAAAUCUUCAAUGUAUGCAAGUCAAUGGUUUUUAACUUUUUUUGCUUAUAAAUUUCCAUUAGAUAUUGUUUUAAGGAUUUAUGAUAUUGUUAUAACCCAAGGUAUGGAAUCAAUUUUGAAAUUUGCAGUUAAUUUAAUGAUUCAAAAUGAACAACAAUUAAUAAAUUUAAAUUUUGAUAAACUACUAGAAUUUUUAAAAGAUAAAUUAUUUAAUAUUUACGUUGAUCCAAAAUAUAUUAAAGAUACUACCCCUACAACCACCAACAAUAGUAAAUUUUCGUUAUUAAGAAAAUCAUCAAGUUCCAUACCAACAAUAAACGAUCAUGACUACUAUAAACUCAAUGACUUAGUUUUUGAUUCAAUGAAAAUAAACAUAGACCCACUAGAACUUGUAAAAUUUGAAUCAAAAUUUAAUCAAUGUUGUAAAGAUGAAGAAUUAAAAUUAAAAGAUAUAGAACAUUAUCAACAAGAAAAUGGUAAGUUACGAAAACAAUUAAAACAGUUGGAUUUCAAAUUUGUAAAUCUAAAUCACAAUCACAUCGAUAUAGUUCAAAAAAUGAUUGACUUAAAGAUUUCAUUACCUGAAUUAAUAAAUGAAAAUGAUGAAUUGAAUCAACAAAUUUUACAACUACAACAAGACAUUGAAGAAUUAGAAACUAAAACCAGCGAAAACAACUCAAAUGAUUUACCAACUUCUAUAGAACACCAAAUUGAAGAAUUAUUGAAAGUAAAUGCUGAAGAAGUCAAUAAAACAGCUGAAUUAGAAGAUGAAAUUGCUAAAUUACAAGAGGAAGAUUCUAUAUUGAAACAACAAUUGAAAGAACAUGCUAAGAAUAAUAAUUGGUUUAAAUGGAAAUAG